AUGGGAGUUUGUGCCUCAUCUCAGCACUCAAGCCCUAGCCUCACGAACUGGCCCUUCACAGCGAAAAUCAUUCAUAUAGAUGGCAGGCUACAAGAAUUGAGGCACCCAGUCAAGGCCAGCCACAUUCUCAAUCAAAACCCUAAUUGUUUCCUCUGUAGUUCAGAAUCUAUGAAGAUCAAUUCAAUCGUUCCACAAAUUUCCAGCGACAGAGAGCUCGAAUUGGGGGAAAUUUACUUUCUAAUCCCGCUUGCUAAAUCCGAUCUGCCGAUCUCUCUCACAAUCUUGUGUGCUUUGGCUGCCAAAGCUAAUGUAGCCCUCGCCAGCUCCAAGAAGGCAUAUCCGUCCAUGAAAGCGGCGCCAGCCGCCGUAGGGCACCGCAUCAGAGCACCAGGGGCGUCGUACUGA